GGAUUUCUCUAGAUGUAAAGUGCAGCGUCUCUCUUGCUCCCGUAAAAUCCCAAAAAACGUGAUAUUACUGAAGCGCACGAGGUUGCUGACAGACUGUGAACUUUCAGCGUUACGGUUUAUCGUGCUGACGACAAAUAUACGCCGCGUCGUUGGUCGCCUACGUUAUGGCAACGUGCGUGCGAACGAACCUUCGGGUGCGCCGGUGCGCGCGCUAUCAUCGCCGAUCGCCGCGGGCGGAUUUAGUCUAUUUCGAGCGUCACCGCGGUCAGAGCUUACGCACAUAGUCCAGGCCCCCGCGAGCGCCUUUUUAUUCAAUACCCGCCGCUUUUUUUACCGGCGGCCAUCUCUGUUGGAGUACGCCCGUGACAUGUAACCGGCACUCCGAGGGUGCGGCGUCCUGCAGAAACCAAACGGGCGGUGGUCUGAGGUUCACCACCGUAGCGCAGUCCAAAUGGGCAACUAUUGCUCUUCCAAGCCAAAGGACAGAAACGGUUCCGACGAGUACUUGCAAAAAGCUCAUUAUAAAAAAAACCAGAAAAAAGCGGACAAAUCUACUAAUGUAAUAUCAGUUGACAAACGAAAGUCCAACGAUCCUUUGCAGACUGUAAUCACUAACAAUAAUGCUGAAUCUAAUCCUAAUGUGGAAGAAUCCAGCAAUAACACAAAAUCUGAAACGACCGUUCAGCAGCCCACUAUAUCGGUGGAAAAUACCAUGACAGUGCAAGAAAAGCAACGUACAUAUACUCUGCCAGAUGAAUUAAAAUGCGUUACUACAGACAUAAAGAAACUUCUUCUGGGUAUCCCUGAACCGGAUUUGAGCCAUAAAUCAAACAAGAUAGUCGUCUAUAUAAACUUUCCAAGUAAAAAUGGAUUUGAUGACGAGAGGAGCGUUUUGCAUGAAAAAAUAUUUCCUUGUCUGCGAUCCAAGUGUACUGGACUUGGAUAUGAACUGCACGUGGUCGAUUUUAACGUAGAUGAAGAAGUUGAAAGGGCGUGUCAAAAUAUUCAUAUGAAAGAACUUAGACGAGGAUCUGAAAUAAGUUUCGUAGUGUCAGUAAUAUACAUAGACGACACUCUUGGUUUACCAGUUUUACCUCAGACCGUAGCAUUAACUGAUUACGAACUUGUCAAGUCUAGAUCAGAUGCUUCAAGGCUUUUAGAAAAAUGGUAUUCAUUAGAUGAAAAAACAAAUUCAAUGACAUUAAAGAACGAAUCAUCAUUAGAAAAUGAUAACAGAGAUCAAAGCAAAAAUAGUGAUGAAAAAUUCCAACUUCAAAUGGCUAUGUUAAAAUCAUUUGAUUCGAAGUUGCGUUCAAUAUACUUCGGACGAGUUAUAGAAAAUGAACUUUACAACGAAGUCGUUUUAAAAUCAGAGUUGGCUAAAAAGUCAAUUUGGGUUAUAAAAAAUCAUGAUCUUAACCAAAAAAGCAAAAAUACUGCCCUAGAAUUGAAAAAAAGACUGGAGCAACUUAAUAAACAAUUAAAGAAUGAACUGCCGGAAUCAAAUAUCAUUCUCUGUGAAGAUAGUAAAAACGAUGAAUUUAUUAAAAAAAUUAGUUGUACACUUUUAUCGAUUAUCGAUUCCAUCGAAAAAGAACACGAUAAAUUUGAAUCUUCAUAUGGCGUGGACCCUUCUUUGUUAGAAGAGUUAAGAAAUCAUAAUUCAUUCAGCUCUUUCAUGAGUAAAAAUAUUGUUAAUCCCGAUGACUUAAUUGAAGUUUUCAAAAAAUAUGUGACUGCUGACGCGGAAGUACUACAACCCCUUAUUGUAUAUGGUCCACCAGGAAGUGGAAAAACAACCUUACUAUCAAUUCUAGUUCAGUAUUGUCAUCACUGGAAUCAAAAUGCAGCAGUCCUAAUGAGAUUUGCUAAUAUAUCUUAUGGCAGUUCAACGCUUGAGCACAUUCUAAAUUCAAUUGUUAUGCAAUUAAAUCAUUUAGAUACUGGAAAAUCGACGUGGUUCACCCAUGACAUUGAGUCAUAUUCAAAACAAAUCAAAACUCUAUUAAAUUCAAUUAGUGCAAUACGACCAAUAAUACUGGUUAUUGAUGGGAUUGAUCAAUUUAACAAUAACUCCGCGGACUGGAUACCAACACAGUUGCCAAAGAAUACUAGAAUAAUUGUAUCUGUUAACGAGUCUUCAAAGCAUAUAGAUAAAUUACGUCAGAACGUUUCAACUGAGUCAUUCGUACAGGUUCCAUAUUUGACAGAACAACAAAUUGCCUCAAUGAUAUCAUGCAUACAGUUAAAUAAUAAUUUAAAAAAUCAUAAUCAAAUAAAAAAUUGUGAUCUCAAAAAUGUAACACCUUUAAAACUCAAAUCUUGUCUGAAAUCUCAAAAUUCAAUAGAACCAAAUGAAGAUUGGGUAUAUGCUACUUUCGAUAGCGUUGAAUCAACCCUAGGAAAAGAAAGGGUAUCUAUUGCAAUUGGUUUUUUGUGUGCAACUCAAUAUGGGUUACUUGACACUGAAGCUAUCCAGUUAUUAGAAGAUAAAUUUAACAACGACAAUAACUGUAAAUCAUUAUCGGUGGUACUAUUCUGGUCAUUACUCAACGAGUUACUUUCAAUUUUCCUUUUUUGGUUCAAAACUGAUCGAUAUACUACUGUUCGAUGGAGUAACAAUUUAAUUGCUGAAAUAGCUGCUCGUCGAUACAACUCAUACAUAAAAUUAGCAAGACCCAAACUGUUAGCAUAUUUUGAAAGUAACCAGUCGGAAUCUCCUUCUACUUGGUGCAAUAAAAAUCUUUCAAAACGGAGAAAACUGGAUGAGUGCGUUCAUUUGAUGGACGGAUCUAUUAGUGACUAUAUAAAUAAUUUAGAUUGGAUAUUAGACAAGUUAAACAAUGGAUUAAUUCUACAAUUAUUGGACGAGUUAUCACGUCAUACAGAUGAUCCUCAAACUAGUUUUCUUAAACAAUUUUUAACAGCUAAAGCACCAUCCAUGAUGCACAAUGGAUAUCAAUUAUAUUCACAGAUGUCUUUGUAUUCACCAACGGAGAAAUAUUAUAGUGUAAAAAUGGAUACACCUCCGUUUCCGACUCUGAUGCCUCUUGUACCCAAAUUAGAUAAUUCAAACAAAAUGACGUUUAACGUUGUCAAACGGCUUAAUGAGAAUCAUAAUUAUGCAAUAACUGUGAGUACAGAACAGCAAGAAAUAGGCGUUUGGGAUGUUGAAACAUGUACAAAAGUAAGAUCCUUGAAGGGUGUACCACAUCCAACGGCAAUAAAAUUAAUUGACAAUCAGAGGUGUAUAGUGUUAUGUGAACGCAAGCUGACUGUGAUCAAUUUAGAGACUGGCAAAGUAAUAAGCAAACUCAAAGGGGUAAUGAAUCAAAACAUGCCUUAUUUUGAUUUGCACAGUCCCACUAAGUUAGUAGCUCUGGCUAGGAGUAGAAUGCAUGUGAAUCUCAUUGAUAUCGAAACAGGAACAAUUGAAGCCUACUUUAAAGCUGGUGAAGACAGAUUUUUAAAUUCAUUAUUGGUCUCAGGAAAUGGAAGGAUAAUGGUAUGUGGCGACGAGACUCAAAAACCAUUCCCAUUACUUGUGUGGAAUUUAACAUCUCGACAAUUGAUGUACGAUUUGAGGAUACCUUUCCACGAAUUUAUCACUCGCCUAUCAGCAAUUACACACGAGGGACACUACGUUUGUUGUGUAGCUCAAGAGGUCGACGAACCUGGUCCAAACUUUAUAGUUGUCUAUGAUCUUCAAUCGGGCACUUUGUUCAAAAAAUGGAAGCCCGGCGUUAACUGUGUAUCUCUAGAUAUAUCAUCCAAAGAUGGUUGUGUGCUAAGCGGCCAUGAGAACGGCCGCAUAUGUAUAUGGGACUUGACGACAGGCAAUUGUAGAUGGACUCUAGGAGCACAUAUUGCACCAGUGACUAGUCUCAGACUUGACCCUAGCGGAGGUUCAUUUAUUUCGUUGGAUACACAUACAAGAGAUCGAACAAUAAAACUAUGGAGUGUUAAUACUGGUGAACUGAUAUCUGAAUAUACACCAACUAAUCCAAUAACUGCAUUUGAUAUAUUACCUGGAGGACAAUUUAUUGUUGUUGCUACAUCAAAUUCAUCAUAUCCUACAGUUCUACAACUAAGAGGGCCAUCAAUCAUUAAUCCUGAACCACAAAAAAACAUUUACAAUGACGAGACACUUGAAGUUGAUUUGUCACUUGAUUUUCGCGAAGAUGGUAGAUGACAGCCAAAUAUUAAAUAUAUAUUUGGCGACUUUCUUAAAAAUUUGUACAGUGUUGGCAUUAUUGUUUUAAAUCACAAUGUGUAUUCAUUUUUACUAUUUCCCAAUUGUUAAAAACAUUGCUUUUUUCCCUUUUGCUGUUUAUAUAAAGUACUAAUAAGUUUCUUAAGAAGACUUUUAGUAUUAUGACUUAACAACCAUCUUGUAAACAUCUAGUACUUCUAUUUUUUUAUUUCCUAAGACUGAUUCCUAAUUGUAAGAAUGAAACUUGAGCACAAUAUUGUUAU